GCGUGGUUUCCAAGACCGACCUGUUUGUGUGUGUAUGUGUGUGUGUGUUUCCUCACCCGCGUUGAAGAAAUUACGGCAAGUUUCGGUGCGCGGAUGCCACGAGAGACUGUGAGAAAUCAAGCAGUAGAGUGCAAUUCCGGCAUUGAAACGCUGUUGCAGAGAAUAGACGAGAGAUGAGUGCGAUGUGGAGGGUAGAGUAGAGCGACGAGUCGUGGUGGAGCUUGAGCGACGCCAUGGAUGAAGACGGGCACACGUCGGUGGUGCUACAUGCCGACCUCGAUUGCUUCUACGCCGCGGUAGAGCAAGUGAGGCUGGGGAUACCCACGGAGCAGCCGCUUGCAGUGCAACAGUGGGACGGACUGAUCGCUGUUAAUUAUGCUGCAAGGGCGGUAGGCAUUGUCCGGCAUGAGCGAGUGUCGGAGGCUCUUCGCAAGUGUCCAGAUUUGCACCUUGUACACGUGGAAACCAUUGGCGGGGAUAAACCCGGCACUCCAGAAUCACUUGGCCCUCGCGGUAAUGCUAAAGCUUCGCUCGAGCGCUACCGUCAGGCAUCAGCUAAAGUGUUCAACAUCUUCCGUCGAUAUUCCAAGCUAUGUGAGCGGGCAAGUAUUGACGAAGCCUACCUUGAUGUAUCGGAACAGGUUGAGGAAAUGCUAGAGAAGGACAUGGAUUGGGAAAGCGAGCUGCACAGGCUUCUUGAGCCAACUGGAUCUGAAACUACCUCGAAAGGGGUUCCUGUCAUGCUGAUUGAAGGCGGUUCUUUAGCUAUUUACAAUGCUUACGACCGCAGGUUAUUAGCAGGCAGUAUAAUUGCUGACCGAAUGCGAGCUUCUGUACGGAACGAGCUUGGUUACACAAUUUCUGUGGGCAUUGCUUCGAACAAACUGCUGGCUAAGAUUGCCUCUGCGAAGAACAAACCAGACCGGCAAACACUGAUUCCACCGAGGGCUGUUCCUGGCCUCAUGAAGGCCCUUCCGUUGAAAAAAAUAAAACUUCUGGGUGGCAAGCUUGGCGAGGAGAUGACGAAGAAGUGGGGCUGCACAACAGCUGGCGAGGCUCAGCAGAUUCCACAUGCAGCGCUAGUGGCUUGCUUUGGCGACCGUCUCGGCACAUAUGCAUGGAAAGCAGUCCAGGGACUCAAAGCCGAGCAAGUGCAAGUCAAGGAUCUGGUGAAGUCCAUGCUGGCGUCUAAAAGCUUUGGUGCCAUAAAUGAACUAGCGGGCAUCAGGAGAUGGCUGUCGGUACUCUCCCACGACCUUGCAAUUAGGAUGAGUCGCGAUUUCGAAAUGAACCAAAGACAACCCAAAGUGUUUCAGCUCUACUAUCGGUCUGGAAAGUUCAAGAAUUCUGCGGAUCAUUCCAGAUCAGCACCCAUGCCCAGAAGUGUGUUGCAAGUUCUCACAUCACCUGCAUACUCGGACACAGAUGGGGACGCAGAAUUGUCAGCAGAUGCUGGAGGUGAAGCUGAAGUUGAGGUCCAGGGUGACUUGAGUGAGUUAAGAGAUGACCCUACAGCUGAUAAUGUGUUAGAUGUUGGCGCACAAGGUGGGGUUUCAGAAAGGACUAGGGCUUUGGCUAAGGUUCUUGAAGAUACAUCUUUCCGGGUGGUUGAAUCAAUUGACGAUUUGUUUCCGUGCACACGGAUAGCUAUUGCUGCAAGUGGUUUCCAGGAGCUCCCUAGUCAGGGGACAAAGUCUAUACAUCAUUUUUUCACGAGCAGCACAGGGUGCUCAACCGCGCACCAACAAAAUGAAUCCAUGGCACGGCAAAGUACGAACAUCUCUCCAUCCAAAAAGUCUACAGAAAAGCCCAAAGGUAUUCUGAAGUAUCUGGGUUCCAAUACAGCUUUACCUACAACUCCACAUAACGAGUCUGAAUUAGCGCCAAGCAUCAUGGGUGAAACGCCAGCUAAAACGACCGAGGAUGUUUCUCCAUCCAAAAGACCUGUGGAAAAACGCAAAGGUACUCUCAAGUACAUGGGCUCCGACUGUUCCUUGCCUACAGUUGCACAUGAUGAACAGGAGCUCCGUCUUUCGACGAGUGAGGCUUCCCACCUCCACGCUGAUUCGAAUGACGAUGUCACGACGCUUUGUAAUCCACAUCAGGAUCUUGUUGAAGGUAUUGAUCUUGAGACGGUUGACGUUGAAGAACAGCGGCACAUUUUAGAAGGGAUAUAUCGAUCCAGGCAGAGUCAGAGUGCAGGCUCGUCGUUGCAACCGACGAAGAAGGGUCGUAAACAGAAACAGCCCGACGGUUCCAGUAAGCGGGCGAGAGAACAAGUCAGUGUCUCUCAACCCAAGCAGCCGGGCAUAGGCACAUAUUUCCGAGCCUGUGACAAGGCGUAGGGAUUAACAUCAGCUACUGUAGUACAUUUUAAGUAGAAUCGCUUCCGACGAGUUUCACAGCAAAGUGAAGUACUUUGAGGGUUAGAGGCUUUGGGCCCUCGCAGGUAGUUAAAUUUGAACUUUUUUCCAUUUUGGAGGGGGACCUGGCACAGUAGAGUGACAUACUGCAAAUCCAACAUGAAUUCUCGCGAGAAGGACCAGUUUAAGUGCGGUCUAGAAUAGAGCUUCACACCUGAUAACAAGCACUGUUGUAUCAAAUAACUAAAUAAUAAUGCUUGAAACAACUUCUGGGCUUGUUUUAGCAGCAUAGACGAUCAUGAGAAGGUAGGAGGGAUGGAAAGUACCGAAUGAGAGGAGUUCUCUGACUCUGAGUGCGAUAACCACCCAAUGAGCGGAGUUCUGUCAAGGAGUCAUUCCUUGAGGUGACUUUAAAGGCAGUGGAAUGGAGAAACCGGCUUCGAUAAAGUUCAAGUGUUGUCGAUUAACGGAGGACUCUUCUCUUGUGCCGCGCAAGACGUGUCUCAAGCUAUGCACGAUGCUUCUAAUACCAGUUAAACCCUCUUAUCAGCAA